CUGCUGCGGCAAAUUGUGAUUUUUUAAUAGGUUUUUUUUUAAAGCGCUAGACAAAAGGCGCAUGGAAAACGGUGUGGAAAAUGGUUUAUUGCCCGAUGGCGACCAACUAGGAACGCGUGAAAACCAAAUGGGCAGCAGCACAGACGGCGAGGGUGAAGCCGAGGGCGAUGCGACGCCUCUGCCGCCGCAAACAACAAAUGACGAUGUAAGCGACGGCGAUGCGGAUGGGGAACGCGAUUUGUCUGUGUCGGACGCGGCUGAGGCAGAAGCCGAAGCAGAAGCGGACGCAGAGACAGCGCCAGCCGAAAAUGUGGCACCAUGUCGCAUUUCCAUUUUGGAGGACAGUCUGUGCGAAAAAGAUGUAGACAGCGAUGUGCCCGAUGACGAGAAUGAUGAUGAGGCAAAGGAGAAUUACGAGGGAUUUAAUGGCACUGGGCGCACAGUUACGCUACAAACACUCAUGGCUGCCAAUGUCCUGCAGCCAGGCAAAUCGCUUAUGACUAUAGAUUAUUUAGGGCAAAAAUUUGUUGGCGACUUACUGCCAGAUGGUAAAAUUAAAUCUCAAGAGACUGAAACCAUAUUUCUAACACCAAGUGCAUGGGCCAUGCACUGCAAACGGAUCAUUAAUCCCGAAAAGAAAAGUGGCUGCGGCUGGGCAUCCGUUAAGUAUAAGGGCAAAAAACUGGAUGCCUAUAAAAAUACCUAUUUGCGAAAGUGUGCAUUACAAAAAGAGUCGACACCCGAGGACGGUGAUCCAGAUGCCGAACGAAAAACCGAUUCGCCAGAUCUGGUCGUGAAGCGUACAGUAUUUCCGCACAACACUGUCGCCAAUCGCAAUAUGAUUCAUGAUGCUAAUAUGCUGAUCGAGGCCGUGCCGUUCUCAUCUGUUGGUAAAUUGCAACCGUUUCUAUUGACCAUCACGUCCUCGGCUCUGUUAUUGGCCGACUUUCAUUGCCAUUUGACCGUGCGUGAGGUGUGCGGCUAUCUGGGUGGCACUUGGGACAUGAACACGCACACAUUGACAAUUACGAAAACAUAUCCAUGUCGCAAUACACGAUUCGAUCGACAGCGUGCCGCGGAUGUGGAGCGCGAUAUACAGAAGAUGAUGGUACAGGAUCAAGUGCUGCUUGUCGGCUGGUAUCACUCGCAUCCCAAAUUCCAGGCUGAGCCCACUCUUCGCGACUGCGAUGCCCAACUUGACUAUCAAAUUCGCAUGCGCGGCGCCAGUGAUGUCACAUAUACGCCAUGUGUUUCACUGCUCAUUUCACCCUAUUAUGAGGAGAAUCCCACUUUGGAAUCGGUGGUCAAGUGCAUAUGGAUAGUGCCACCAAAUGAAAAUAGACAGUCUAUGGAAUAUGGACGACCGAUGCUAAUGCAAUAUUCGGUGCUGCCCGAUAAAGAGAUACCCGAAGAGGUGCGCACCGAAAUUCAGUCCUGCGUCGAUUACUACACCCAGUAUCGGGGCGAGAUUGUCAAGUUUCGGAACAUCUACAGCAAUGAUGUCACCUACAACGAGAAACUGAAGAACACGCUAUAUCCGAAAUUCCCAUCGAAGCAGAGUGACAAGGCGUUGUGGAAUUGGUUGUGUGCCGUCCUGGACUGUGAGCAGGAGGAUGAUUUUAUACCACCGAAAACCAUUAAGAUCAUUGACAAUGACACAGAUAAUGAAGUUGUUGUUAAAACGGAGACGCACUCGCAGAACGACACGCUCAACGAAAUCAAACUGGAGCAGCAGCCCAAGGAGGAGCCAAUGGGCGAGUGCAUUCAAUUAAAUUCCGUUGAUGAUGUCGCCGCACGCAACAAAGCGGAGGAGGACUCUUCCCUGCAAGCCGAACAGAAGGCGAGUGAGCUGAAAGUAAUGUCGCUGCAGGAGCAGCUUUGCAUGCCUUCGGGCCUCAAUAUGAAUCCAGUGCGCAUGCUAUCACCGCUGGCCACACCAAAUCCCACGAAUCACACCACGCCAGCCGCGGCCUCGAAUGUCGUGGCGCCACCCAUGCCACUGAAUGCAGUUGCUGCCAGUCAACUACUACCACCACAAGCGAUGACACUGAACAGUGGUACACUUCCAGGAGCAGUGGCUGCAGCAACUGUCGCACAAUCCGCGUCGCCGCGUGACAGCCCAACAAAUCUACAGUUACAAUCGAAUGCCGCCAGUCCCGCUAAGUUUGAGCUGCCCGUGCGGGCAUCGCCAUCGCCGGCUAAAUCGGAUGCUUCUUCGCACACAUCCCGCACCCGCAAUUCGCCAGCGCCGAGUCCGGGCAAGUUCAGUGUCAGCGACAUUGCGCGCAAUAGCCCGAGCAUAACGCCCAAUAAAUAUGAGACGCUGGCCACACCGCUGGUGCCGCCGUCAGCUGCCUGCUUGCCCACGGCCAAUGAUCUGAUGGCGGCCAGCCUGGCUCAGCUGGCCGGACAAUUGCCGCCCAAUUUUCUGCAGGCCGACUUAUCGGCGCUCUUCCAACAGCAGCGCAAGGAUUAUGGCAGCUCAUCGCUCAAUCAACUGGCUGCCGCGGCAGCCAAAGUUGGUGGCUCCAAGCAGAGUAGCAAUGCGUCAGCUUUGGGCAAUCUAAACGAUCCCAAUGUGGCCGCAGCAGUAGCUGCCUAUUCAAAUAGCUUCAACAUGCCGUUGCCAUCGGUCAGCAAUAACAACAGCAACAUUGGCAACAGCAACAACAAUAAUAAUAAUAAUAGCAACAACAACAGCAACACUAAUAAUAAUAGCGGCAGCAAAUCAAAGAUGGAACGCUCCAAAUCAUCGGCGUCAUCAUCGUCGUCAUCCAACUCGAGCUCAUCCUCAAAUUCGUACAAAACGAAGCUCAUGAAGGAGCUGGACGAGCUCAAGAAUGAUCCAUUAAAAAUGAGCGAACUAAUUCGAUCGCCGGAGUAUGCAGCGCUGUUGCUGCAGCAGGCGGAGGCAUUGGGUGCCACCACCUUGGGCACUCUGGGCUUUGGCUCCGAUUUGAGUUAUCUAACGGGCACUCCGUCAACUGUUGUCAAUCCCACAAGCAGCAAAUCAUCGAAAUCAACGUCAUCGUCCGCCACAUCAUCGUCGCAAGCAUCGGCAGCAGCAGCUGCUGCGGCAAUCAGUGCCGACUAUAACAAUUUAAUACAGGCAUCCAAAUUGCUGGGCUAUGAUUCCUAUAUGCAGCAGCAGAGCAAACAGAGCAAUGACCUCAACCUCAACGCGUUCCUACAGCAACAGAUGGCUGCAGUUGCGGCUGCCUCGAUACCACCGCCGCCUGUUUCCACCAGCAGCAGCAGCAGCAGCAACUCCAAGAAACAGCAUCAGCAACAGCAUCAACAGCAGCAGCAACAGCAACAACAGCAGCAUCAGCAGCAACAGCAGCAGCAGCAAUCAGCUGCCGCCCAGGCGGACUACACAGCCUUGCUGCAGACCUAUACGAAGCUCUUCGAUCCGAACAAUCAGUUUGCCGCUGCGAUGGCUUCGACGGGCAGCAUGCACAUGAGUGGUGCACACAAUGAGUUGUCCGCAUUGCUUGCCGCUGGAGCUGGUGGCAUCUCCGCUGCUGCUAUUGGUGGCGGCGGCGGUGGCGCUGUCAGUCUCAAGCAGAAGCAGAAGGACAUGCAAUCGGAGAUAAAAGCUCUGCUUUAUCGCCAGAAUAAGGCAGCGGCCGAUCUGGAUGCACUGUUUGCAACGCCAUCUGGCGCUGCCGCUGUGGCAGCUGCCACUGGGAAUGCCAACAAUAAAUCGGGCAGCAGCAGCUCAGCCGGAUCCGGUGCGGGCACAAUUGCCACGGGCAUGCCAUCGCCAUCAACAUUGACCAAUUCGGCUGCUUACUAUAAUGCGCUGGCGCAGGAGAAAAUGCAAGAUUAUGCGUCAUUCUUUCAGCAGCAGCACGGCAAAUAUGGCAUUCCAGAUCCACUGUCGAAGACGACGUUAGCGGCUAACAAUAUGUUUAUGUCGCCAUCGGCGCUGUUUAAAAUCCAGCAGGAAUCACUAUCGGCCAUGAUGAUGAAGCCGCCAAAGUCAACAACGCCAUCGUCGGCACGCACCCGUGAAUCGUCCGCUUCGCCGGCACUCGAACGGCUCACGCCCACCAAGUCCAUCAGCAGCAGCAGCACCACCACCGGCGGAGGAAAUUCGAAUUCAGGCGGCAAGUACAACUUUAGUGCUGUUGAUCUGGCUAUAUCAAGUGUGCCCUCGAACACACCAUCGCCGGCACCAUCGGAUGGCAGCAGUGGAUCCUCGCACCGUCGACCGUCACCGGACUUGAGUCGCUUGUACAGCGAAUUGGCGCCACCUGGCGCCCUCCUCGGCAAUGCACUGCCCAAAAAGCGCAUGGAGUUUGCCUCCGUUGCCGAUUUGGCUGCACCGCCACCGGCGAAGAUACCGAAAAAUAAUAUUGCCGAUGAUGUGCUAAAUCUAUCUCAUGAUUAGGAAAGGCGAUUCGCAGGGGGUUGUUACAGCCUACCAAGCGCACUAUGUCCCAGUGAAUGCAGUAUUUCCUCAUCAGUAUUUACAACUCUAGCCCCAAAUGCAGCAUAGCAUUCAACUAGCAUACAUCCAUGUGUAUCUCAAGCGAAUCUCCCCAAAAGUCAUAACAUAAUUCCCAACUCGAUACGCCGGUUAUGAGUGAAAUGGGCAAAUGCUGCAGGAGAAUGUAUAUGUACAAUGAAAUAGAAUUAGAUGACGGGAUUCAGUAUUUCCAGCGUUACAUUUCGUAAUUGUUUUUAAGCGCAUGCUAAACAAAAUCAAUUUAUUUUUAUGCCAAUUAAAUAUAUAAUUUUAUACUUGCAACCAACAGUGACAAGAACAAGAACAAGAAACAAACAACAACUCGUAAAUACUUAUUGACAUCCAUACUGCAUCGCUGAUCGUUGUAAGCAAAAAUUGUUGUGCAACAAACCAACAAUAUAACCAGAAUGUAGAUAAAUACAUAUACAUAUAUAU